AUACUCAGUGUUUUUAAUACGUGAGACAGAGUGGAAAUCUCUUUGAUGAAUCCCCGAUUUUUUUUCUCCUCUCUUUUCUGGAAUCUAUUUCGGGAAAAUGUGUGAUUGAUUAUUAUGAGCUCUUCUUGGAUUCUUGCGGGCGUUUUUAUUUCCUAUAAUGUGCACUGCAUCACUUUGGAAAGUUGCUUUUUGACAAAAUAAACCAAAAAAAAUGAAUUCACGGUCUAUUUCGUGGUAUUUCAAGUGAAAAUUUUUUAUUGAAGAUGAAAUUGUGGUGAAUUUAUAAUGUGUUGUUUAUGAAUUUGUAAAAUUGAAGAACAAAAUUGCCAAUGAUUGAAAUCUGUGUACGGAAAAGCACUGAACUUUUCAGGAAUGCAUAAAAAUUGUGAGUGAAGGAAAGACGAAGAAAAAAACUAUCAUCAUUUCAUCUUAAUAAAUUAUAACAUGAUGGUGGAAAAGGCCGAAGGAUUUAUGUAUCGGAAACCAUAUCAAUAUUUUCAAUAUCUGGAAACCUAUGACGGCGGCUGGCAUGGCGGGCUAGGGGAGCCCCCGAAUCGGGGGCGCAGCCCUCAAUCACCCAUCAGGCAUUCGUACAGCAACAAGAGCGAGUCGAGCGUGUGCUACAGGACGUCGAGUGCCGGAGCGGCGGACCUCAAGAAGUUCCACGGUGGCAACAGUGCGGCAAUCGCGGGAAAAUUGCGCAAGAUGGGAGACUCUGGAGCGCCGCGGUCGCCCCACUUCAGCCCGGCGAGGAGUGCUCAAUCGCAGUCGGAUGUUCAGACGCUGCACGUCCACCUGCCGAAUCACGGCUUUCGCAUGAUGCGCUUCGACGAGGCGGCCGACGUGCGGGCGAUCAUCAACAUAAUUGUGGGGUCGAUGACGCCCAGCCAAACGGCCCAGCCGCAGUGCUAUGCGCUCCGCUUGCGCCACAUGCUGACCAAAGAGGUGCUCUGGAUGCCGCCGGACACGUCGAUGGCCGAGGUGAUGGCGCACAUCUCCAAUCCGGCGUGCGCCAAUCCCGACUGCCCCAGCGUGGAUCGCAGCACGAUGGCGAAGCGACAGCAGAAGACCAACAACAUCACCGGACACGCGAACAGCGUGUGGAAGGCGGAGCUGCGCGUGCGAUAUGUGCCGAAGAAUCUGAAGGAGCUGUACGAGCAGGAUCGCACCACGUGUCACUUCUACUUCGAUCAAGUCAAGCAGGACUACAUUCAGUCAAAUAUUCCAAAUAUCGAUCAGGACGUUGCGGUGCAACUGUGCUGUCUAGGCUUAAGGCAUUACUUCAAAGACACUAAUCAGGUAUCGGAUAAGAAACAUCAUGUCGAUUACAUUGAGAAGGAGCGGGGAUUCGGUAAUUUCAUACCUAAAUCUGUGAUAGACACAAUCAAGCAGAAGAACCUGAAGAAAUUGAUCCAGACGGGCUACAAGAAGGUCCACAAUUACACAGAGAUGGAGUACAUGAUGAAGUUCUUCGACUUGCUGCGCACGCAGUACAACUUCGAGCAGGAGCAAUUCAUUGUGACACUGGGAUCGGGCUGGAACAUUCCCAUUGAUCUGAUCAUUGGGCCACACGUGGGAAUCUCGUAUUUGGCUCACUCGCAGGCAAAGUUGACCAAAGUGGCGGACUUUGAGGACAUUGAGAGGAUCACAACCAGCAUUCUCAUGUCCGGAUCGACGUCUGGACGGGAGAUGAACACGAGUCAGAGUGGCGGAAGUAAUUCCGAUGCCUCGGUGUCGUCACAGAAGAUGACCAACAAUGGCACGGGCAGCGUGACAAACAGUCCGGUGCCGAACAAGAAGAAUACAGAGAAGAAGAGCUCAGCGACAAACGCCUCGUGCAGUUGUGCUGAUAUCAAGACACAGCUAAAGAUUAAAGUGACGGAGAAUGUUGACGAUCUGGCGAUUACGUGCAAUGGCAUCAAGACUGCUGAAAGCAUUGCCGAUCUCGUUGAUGGAUAUUGCAAGUUGUUCACCAAUUCCGAUGUUUCACUCUGGGAUCAAUCAGUGCAAGCGAAGGGAAGUCCGUCGAGUAGUGCGACAAAUUCGCUGGAGAAGAAUCAAAAGCUGGAUCUGGAGCAUCAAUCGCCGGUGACAACGCAAGCGACGGUGGAAAGUGUGCCGUAUGAGUUUCAGGAGAUGCCAAAAAUUGCCGCAAGUGCGGCGAUUGAGGGAAAUUUGCCAACACUGAGUGAGGAUUACGCGGAGAUUGGCAUUGGCGAGGAGGAAGGCGACUACUCAACUCCUGCUGCUCGCAAUUACGAGUUGGACAGGAGUCAAAUAGUGCUGAAUGAGAUUAUUGGUGUGGGUCAAUUCGGUGAUGUUCACAUUGGAACAUGCAAAAUUAAGCCCACGCGACCGACGCUGAAGGGUAAAUCGAAGGCAACCAAAGAUGAGUCAGAGAGCGAAGUGAAUGCCGAUGUGGAUAAGGGGAGUGAUAAAGUGGGAAUUAUUCAUGUUGCUGUGAAGACAUGCAAAGCCGAUGCUGACUUUAAGACUGCAGAGAAAUUUCUCGAGGAAGCAUAUAUUAUGCAAAAGUUCGAGCAUCCGCAUAUUAUUCGACUCAUUGGCAUAUGCAGCAAUCCGCCAAUUUGGAUUGUGAUGGAAUUGGCGAGACUCGGAGAGUUGCGAGCGUAUCUGAAGAAGCACUCAAACAAACUGAAGCUGGGCAGUCUUCUGCUCUACUGCUAUCAAUUGUCCACAGCACUGAGUUAUCUGGAGUCCAAGAAGUUUGUGCACCGCGAUAUUGCCGCACGGAAUGUGCUCGUCAGCUCACCAACUUGCAUUAAGCUCGCCGACUUCGGUUUGUCGCGCUGGGUGGAGGAUCAGUCGUACUAUCACUCCAGCAAGGGAAUGCUGCCGAUCAAGUGGAUGGCGCCCGAGUCCAUCAACUUCCGUCGCUUCACCACGGCCAGCGAUGUGUGGAUGUUCGGCGUGUGCACGUGGGAGAUCCUGAUGCUGGGCGUGAAGCCAUUCCAGGGCAUCAAGAAUAGCGAUGUAAUUGGGAAGCUGGAGAACAGAGAGCGACUGCCGUUGCCCAACAACUGUCCGCCGCGUCUCUACUCGCUCAUGUCGCAGUGUUGGGCGUACGAGCCGAGCAAGAGGCCGGACUUCAAGACCAUCAAAGAAACUCUCUAUGAAAUCCUGAUGGAGGAGCGCUUGAGCGACUGUGAGACGAUGAGGCGGGAGAACAGGAGAGUGGCUGCGAUGUCUUGGGGCGCUGGAGAUGACAAUCCGCCGCCAAAGCCGGCGCGAGCGCAAAUCGUGGAUGCCGGAAGCUUGGGAACUGAGGCACCGCAAUUGGCACCGCAGACGUACAUAAUAGCGCAGAAUCCGGCCGUGUUGGCGCACUUGAUGCGCGAGAACGAGGCGCGCAGCCUGAAUCCGUCGGCUUACACCACUCCAGCCUCGGUUCAACAUCCGGAUGUUUCUGGGCAGUUGGAAUUGAAGCUCAGGCGACAGCAAAUGGAGAGUGAAGUGGACUCAAAGUGGCUUCACCAGGAAGAAACUAAUCUGAAAAAGCGCCUGAGUUUGAUAACGACGGGCUCUGCUGAUGGAGAUACAAAUGGCUGCGGUUUUCCCAGUUCUAGUCGCUUCUCUCCGCAAACCUCCGUCUCUUCCGGUCCGCAGAGUCUUCCUGUCGAGGCCACUGGCGGUCUGAGUGACUCCCGGCCACACACGCCGGGCUCAAAUUCAGGCACUCUUCGCGCCACCGCGUCCUCGUCAUCGUCCUCGCUGGACAAGUCCUCGAGCGGCGCCGAGAGUCGCAAGACUCUCGCUCUGGAUCGCACCAAUGACGCCGUUUACACGGCCACGACGGGCGUCGUGAAGGCCAUCAUGGCGCUGAGUCAGGGCGUUGAGCGCGCCGUUCCGACGGAGUAUCUCGAUUUGGUGAAGAACAUCGGCAUCGAGCUCAGAGUCCUUCUGGGAUCUGUCGAUCAGCUGUCGACGCAGUUUCCGUCGCAAGCGCACAAGGAAGUCGAGAUGGCUCACAAAGUCCUGUCGAAGGAUAUGUUCGAGUUGGUGUCUGCGAUGCGAUUGGCGCAACAAUACAGCGACACGACGCUCGAUGUUGAGUACAGAAAGAGCAUGCUCGCCGCGGCACAUGUCCUUGCCAUGGACGCCAAGAAUCUGCUCGACGUGGUGGAUUCCAUUCGCUUGCGCUACCCAGGCUUGGGAGAGCGACAGCUCAACUCACCCACGCGUCCGUCCAAUUCAACUGGCGUCUCGUCGCCCGGCUCGGCGGCGAGUGUGACGCCGGUCGUGGAGGAGACGUACCAAAAUACAGCCGCUCUGCUCGGCGAUUCGGCGAUGUACUCGAAUCAGCAGGGCAUCUAUGAUAACGAGUGCGUGAUUAAUCACCAGCUGAAGCAUCUGGAGUUGGCCAAGCCACAGACGCCCUCGAAGCCCGCCAUUGCGGCGAAGCCGGCAAAUCUCAGCACGAAGCUCAAGUCGAAUCUGCUGAUGAAGGGACUGAGCGGUGGCCAGAGUGAUGCCGAAGAGCCGCUCAAGAUCAUUGAAGAUCCCAGUGAUUUAUACAGUAAUUCAGGUAUUCUUGCAUGUUCAGAAGUUCAAGAGAAUUCACACAAUUCCGCGGUGAAUCACUAAAGAGCUUUCGACUGUUUGCGCGGUUGAAAGAAAGAAAGAAAGAAAGAAAG